AUGCCUGCUGAGCUUGUUGGUGCUUCCUAUCGCUGCUCCACCUGCGGGCAAGAGCUCGCUGAGGCAGCGUCGCUCCUACCUGCCUGGGAUCCGCGGGUGGUGCCAUGCUCGGGCAUCACAGGCCACGACUGUGAAGUUGCUGGAAAGAGAACUCUGCAGUUCUCCACUUGCCAAUCCUUUGUCAUCAAUCCCUUCCCACGGCGGUUUGAGCUGGUCUUGGUGGACAAGAUUGUCAAGACAGCCGCCACAGAAAUAGGACCAGAGGCGAUGCUGGAAAACAGCUGGUUUGAGGGCCGUGCUCACCGAGUCCUAGUCUGUACCCAGUGUGAGGAUCACAUUGGCUGGAGCUACAAGGCACGCCAAGGUGAUGUGAUUUUUGGCUUGGCCCUAAGCGUCUCGAAGUUCUGGGCCUGGCUUUGCCUCUGUGCUCUGGUGGUUUUCGCGCUGUAUCAGGUGACUGCUGGUGGGCAUGUCCUGGUGGCCACUGCUACUCUUCUCAUUGCGCUUCUCAAGUUGUCGCCGCAUAUUCUGCUCUGA